AUGAAUCUGGACUCUACCUACCACACUCUGGACACCUGCCAUUCUGCACCCCCGGUCCUCCAGGCGCCGUGUGCCCUCUGCCACCAUCCCAAGGAGUGGGACGUGGGUGAAGAGCUUCGCCGGCGGGAGCUGUCCGAGACCAAAGCACGCCUGGUGCAGAUGGAAAAAACGAUGCGCUGGUGGUCUGAUUGCACAGCCAACUGGAGGGAGAAGUGGGCCAAGGUGCGCGCCGAGAGGAACAGUGCUCGGGAGGAGGCUUGGCAACUGCGACUGCAGCUGGAGAUGGCUGUGGUGGAGCUGAGUACCCUCAAGAAGCAGCAGCAAAGUGGCGCUCAGCCCCAUGUACCCUCGGAAGCUGCCCAGCGCUUUGCAGAGGCACAGGAAGAAGGCUCAAUUUUAGACCCAUUACGAUUAAAAGAGGAGACAGGACUCAAUUUAGAUGACCUAGCGUCAUUAAAACACGAUAGUCUAAAGAACUCUGUGAUGAAACCUGAACUGGGGAUGCAAGUGACCAAUUGGCCUUUGGAGAAUGAACUGCUUGACAUUUCAGCUUUGUGGGUGCCUCCAGAUAAGUUUCAGAAAAUCCUACAGAAAGAACAGGAGAUGCGCUCAUUGAUGGAAAGAAAAUUGGAAUGCUUGGAGUCAGCUUUGUCUAGAUGGAAACAGAAAUAUGAAGAGCUAAAAGAAUCAAAGCUAAAAAACAUGAAAGAGUUCUGGAAGAAGAAGGGCAUGAGUUCCUGCUGUCAGGUGGCUGUUUGGAUCAUCAAAGGGUCAAUAGAUAAUAAAAUAAAAGAAAUAUUAGGAGAUAAAAAGGAAGGACUGAAACCCCAAAAUAGCAAAGAUAAAAUGAUCUUUGAAUUAAGAGCAGAGGAGCUGUUCUAUCUCCAACAUGCCUACCAGAAACUGAGAAGACAGUACCAAGCAAAAAUAGCAGAGCUGAUGCGUGCCAAUAACCUGGUAGACCAAAGUAAGGGAGAAGUGAAGAAACUGAGAUUCCAACUGGAAGAAUUAAACCGGGGACUCAACAAAAAAGAUAAUGAGAAUUAUUCUCUCAAGAUCAUCAGCAUCAAGGCUAGUGAUGGGGACUUUGCUUUGUCAUUGCCUUAUGAGCAGAAGUGGUAUCAUUUGGAUGAAGGACAUUGA